CAAACGCUAAAAACGACACUUUCCGCCUUGAAAACACGUUUUUAUAAGAUACGGUGAAAAAACCCCAACGCUUAUUCAUCUGGCUAAAAUAUCCAACGGUCGAGUGGCGCGUAAGAGCUAAUAAUUUGCUCGAGUGAUAAGAAAUUUAUUGAUAAAAGAAUUAUCUAUUACGGGGGGAAAAAAUAACGAAAUGGUUGACGGCAAAAGUAUAACGUACUGUAGCCUGUUUUUGCUGGUGCUGCUGCUGGCAGAUUGCUCCCAUGCCAAGCCCUCAGAGGACCCGGCCAGCACUGACUCGGAGCUCAGUGAUUUGAGUGGAUCGGAACCCAGAAAUAAAACAUCUGUCAGAGCUGCUGCUGCUGCUGCUGGUGAGGAGUCUGUCGACUCGGAUGCGGACUCGGGCUCGUCGGAGCUGACGGCGAAUUCCUAUCCCCACCGCGACGAGGAUCAGUUGAACUCGGCCACCAACCUGGUGCUGGCCCGGAACUACAAGUACGACGUGGAGAUACUCGAGUCGGGCGAUGCGGAGGAGAGCGAGGAGGAGAGCCGACCGGCGGCCAGCGAGGAGCUGGAGGAACGCUUCAAGGGUCACGGAGUUCUUGCCACCGACACCGAGACCUUCACGGCGGAGAAUAUCGAGAUGACGCCCGUGGACGUAGAGGCCGAUGCCAUCAGCGAGAGUCACAUGCUGCUGGGCAUCGUUGUGGUGGUCUUGGCCUUGGUCUCCGUGUGCCUGUACGCCGGUCUGGUCAUAUGGCGUUCACAUCUGGAGCAACGCUACGGAAUGCGGGAGCGACUGGUCAAUCGCGACCUGGAGGAGGAGGGCGACGGCAUCGAUGAUGUUGAUUAUCAUGUGUAUGCACCGACCACAACGCCGACAACGACGCGUGCGUAGUCCGUCUGAUCUGGUUUGGUGUGGGCUGAGAAACAUUCAAUUAGGCUUAAGUUCAAUUUAAAAUGCACUGGGCAGAACACCGAUGAACCGGCAGCCAGCGGCAGCUAGCGGCCGCCGGCAUGUGCAUCCAAGUGAGUGCAAUUGUGUAAUGAAUGCCAUAAAUUUACGCUCACUACGCGGUCCGGUUCCAUUCAAAUUCACCUGUCGGAGACCGCAAUUUGAAAUGCAUUCCACUUCCCAAUUAACCACAUCGCACACUCUAAUCGCAGUACUAAAGGUCACCUCAGCUGGCACUCACUGUUGUGUAGCGCGGGGUUGACAAAGCCAAUUAGCUUGUAAGUUUUUGUGAUAUUGUUAUAGAGAUUCUUUUGUACUUUUGUAACUUGUAUGUAUCGAAGCGACAUUUGUAUUUCAUAAUAAACCAACGAUUUGAAUGCUGUCUAUUGCAUUCAAACGAAUGUAAACCAAAAA